ACUGAGAAGAAAAGCAAGCAGAGGUCUAUGAUCUCAUGGGAAACACCAAUUUUGAACUUCUGAUACAGAAACAUGGCCGAAUCAAGAGACCAUGUGGGAAACUUCCUGGAGGAAUUCAGGGAGCAAAUCAUCGCUGGGGUGAGAUCGAGCGGUGCCAUCGUAGAGGCCUGGAUCUCACAGCAGCUAAACCCACAAGAGGAAACGACCACCAUCACUGAAGCUCAGACAUCACAGGAUCAGAUGAGGGCUCUGCUGGACGCUGUAGAGCAAGGGACACCACAAGCCAAAGCCGACUUGUACCAGAUACUAACACUGGAAGAACCCGAACUCAUGGCUGAAUUAGAGCAAAGACACGGAAACACAAAGAUGACACAAACAGAGCAGGAUCAGAUAAUGGGAGAUACUGAGCAAUCUGGAGACAAAGGAUCAAAAGCUGACAUAAAAACAAAGAAAGACAGUAUUCAAAGACGAAGACAAAAAACUAUGCAAGCAAUAGAAGAGAUUGAACGAUUCUGGGAAGGGACACAAAGAGAAAGAGAAGAAAUGGACCACAUGAAGGUAAAGAUAGAUCAACAACAGGAAGACAUUAACAGACUGAUGGCUGAAAAACACGAGCAGUGCUUCUUGAUAGACAGACUGAAAUCAGAGAUACAGAAGGCCACAAAAAAACUUGAAGAGACUAAAGAAGAAAUCAGUGAAGAAAAAGAGCAAAUUCAACAAAUGUGGGCCGAUAUACAGAGAGAAAAAGACACUCUGGAAAAGAGGCGCGAUGAGCUAAUCAGUGAGCAACACAAAAUAGAAGCGAUCAAGUGUGAAGAGCUAAAAGCACAUCAAAAUAAGGAAUCCAAGGAGCAGAUAAAACAAGAACAAAAGAGAAUAGAGAGGUUGACAGCUGAUAUUCAAAUCCAAAUGCAAGAAAAUAAGAAAAAACUGAGAAGCGCAAAUGAGGCAAAAGACCAAAUGCAAAAAAUGAUGGCAGACAUACAACAGGAGUUGGAGAGAAACAAAGAGGGCAUUACAAGACAGAAAGUGCAAAUUGAGCAUAUCAAACAUUAUUUAAACACAAAUAUCAAAAAGCUGGAGGAAAGAUGGACUGGAACUGACAGAGAAGAUGAGGAAAUGCAGAAAGCCGGGACCCAAAAAGAGAGAAAAGAGGUUAUAAGUUUGCAAGCUGAGAUUGAGAGAACCAAAGAAAAGGCUUCCAUCAGCAGGGUGGAGGUAAUACAAGAAAAGGAAAGUACAGAAAAAGAGCAACAAGAAAAAGAAACCAUAGAGAUGACAAAGGACAAAGAUCCUUAUGAAAGGGUGAAAAAUGAUUUAAGCACAGUGAAAGAAGAGAUGGAGACACUUUGGAGUUUGUUGGAGGAGUGUGAACAAGAACAUGAAGUGAGACUGAGUGGAGAAACAGAAGAGUUCAAGGCAGAAAAAGGCAGCAUGGAGAUUUCUGUGAGCGAAAUCAAAAAGCUGCAACAGAUAAAAGAUGAUGUGCUGAGACAAAAAGAAGACCUCGAGGACAAGAUUGCAAAGGCGAAAUCUGAAAGGGAAGAGAUAGAAAGAGUAAAAAGUGAAAUACAAGCACAAAGAGAAGAAAUAAAAAGAGACAGGCAACUGGUAAAAGCAGAGAUUGACGAAAUUAACUGCAUGAAGGAGACUAUUGAGAGGCAAAAGCAGGAGCUUGAUGACAAGUUACAUAAGACGAAGAAAGAGAUACGAGAGAUGGAGGUGUUGAAUGCAGAGAUUGAAAUAAAGAAAAAGGACCUGGAGAAGAGAAUCAGACUGAGCAUGAGAAAAAAAGAAGAGAUCAACAAGAUGAAGGAGGAGAUCGAGCGAGCUAGACAAGAACAAGAAGAAUCACAACGAAUGACUGUUGAGAAAGCAAGAAGUGACACAGAGAUGUCAAGGGAGAUUAACAUGCAGGACAGUUUUAGUGAGGAUGAUGAGAGUCAGGAUAUAAUUUCUGAAAUUCAGGGAAGACUUCAAGAGGUUGACACAACCAGAGAAAUGAUGCAACACACACUAGAAGGCAUGGAGUUUCAACUGGAGGAGGGCAACAUGGAGAUGAGUGACAGAGACAGAGUGAGUGCUGAAAUCCAUAGAUUGACUCUUGAGGUGGAGGAAAUCAGAAAGGUGUUGAAGAUGGUGAAAGAAGAUGCAGAGCAAAGUCAAAGAGACUUUACGGAAGAAAAGAGUCAAAUCAAAUGGAUGAAUUUUAAGGCACAGAAAAAGCACAGAGAGCUUGACCAAAGGCUGGAGAAGACCAUGCAAGAGAGAGAUAAAUUAGAAAUUAUGAAGAUAAAGAUGCAACGGCAAAGGGAGGAGCUUGAACAGAAAAUGGAAGAGAUACGGUCUCAAAUUCAGAAUGUGGAUGAGAUGAAAGCUGACAUAGAAAAGGCUGCUGCAGAGAUAGACAACACUAAGGAAGAGAUGCAUCAGGUCCAAAGGAAGCUGGAGGAGGACAAAGAGAAAGUAAGAGCAGACAUGGAUCAGCUGAAUUCAAUGAAAGCUGAGCUCAGCAGAUGGAUACUGAUGGAAAAUGCAACCAAAGAGGCUAUUACAGUAAGUAAAGCCAUUACUCAUGAAUCACAGAAAGAGACAGAUGACCUCCUCAAAGAUGAAACAUCUCCAACUCCAACACUGCAAGAAGAACUGAAAUCUUUCACAGUGGGGAUAAAAGAAGAACAAAAUCUUUUAUUACAACUGCAGACAGAGAUUCAUGAAGAUCAGACUGAAAUGGAGAUAACUACAAGGGAAAAGAAAGAAAUAGAAAACCAGAUAUCCAUGCUCAAGGAAAAAGAGGAGAGAAUAAAGGUGCAAAUAACGCAGGCUAUGGAUAACAUGGAACAAAAAAAUCAAGAGAUUGAAAGACUCAUUUUAGAAAUAAAUGACCUACAGAGCCAGAAACGAGGGGUUGAAAUGGAUUUGAAAAUUACAAAGACUGAAAUACAGAAAAGAAAGGAUGAAAUUAUAAGCCUCCAUGACAAAACAGAAAGAGAAAAAAGAAAUACAAGGGCGGAGAGAGAAGAGCUGGAGCUAUUGAGGAAGGCGCUAAACCACAAGAAAGAAGAUAUUGAAGCUACUAUGGACAGUAUCAAUGGAGAGAAAGAAUAUCUCAAGCAAAUUAAAGCUGACAUUGAUAGAGACAGAGAAAUGCUUGGAGAUGAAAAGGACAGACUGGAGAUAGACUGGUCCAACCUGAGAAUGAGAGAGGAGGAGCUCCUCACAAAAAUGACAGCCAUUGAAAAUUUGAGGGCAAAACUCAAACAGCUGAAUGAUAAGUCACGUGAAGACAUUAGAACAAAAAUGGACAGAUUGCAACAGAAAAAUGAAGCCAUAGACACACUCUGCAUUACACUGAAGGAAAAGCAUGUUCAACUUGAUGAGGAGAAAGAAAAGAUGGAUGCUUAUGUUGAGAUGAUUGAGAGAGAAAAGGAAGGACUGAUGAGAAUGAGGUCAGACAUGCUCAUACAACAACAAGUAAUGGAAAAUGAAGUCAACCAAAAGCUGGUGAUGGAAAAACAAGAUCUUGAAAAACACAAGAUGGAAAUGAAGAAAGAGAAAGAAGAGCUUGAGCAGCUCAGAGAGAUGAUCAACCAAGACAAAUUGGGCCUGGAUUUGAUGAGGUCGGACACCCAGAAACAAAUGGACAUCUUACAACAAGAAAAACAAGAAAUGAAGGAAGAUAAAGAGAAGCUUGAGUUGACAAAGACUGAGCUACAACACAAGAAAGAAAACAUUGAUAGCAGCCUAGACGAAAUGAACAGAGAGAAAAAUAACAUUAAAGACUUGGCAAACCAAGUUCAGAAAGAAAAAGAAGAACUUGACAAUGUCAUCACCAUUAGUGCUAUGAAACAAAAAGAAUUAGACCUCAAGGAUGAAGACAUCAAAAGACAGGCACAAGACUUGCAAAAGAGCCGUGACACCAUGCUGGCAGAAAAAGAAGAGCUGGAACUUUUCAGGAAGGAUCUCCACCAGAAGAAAGAAGACAUUGAAGCUACCUUGGAAGGUAUCGAUGGAGAGAAAGAAUAUCUCAAGCAAAUUAAGGCUGACAUUGAUAGAGACAGAGAAAUUCUUGGAGAUGAAAAGGACAGACUGGAGAUAGACUGGUCCAACCUGAGAAUGAGAGAGGAGGAGCUCUUCACAAAAAUGACAGCCAUUGAAAAUUUGAGGGCAAAACUCAAACAGCUGAAUGAUAGGUCACGUGAAGACAUUAGAACAAAAAUGGACAGAUUGCAACAGAAAAAUGAAGCCAUAGACACACUCUGCAUUACAUUGAAGGAAAAGCAUGUUCAACUUGAUGAGGAGAAAGAAAAGAUGGAUGCUUAUGUUGAGAUGAUUGAGAGAGAAAAGGAAGGACUGAUGAGAAUGAGGUCAGACAUGCUCAUACAACAACAAGUAAUGGAAAAUGAAGUCAACCAAAAGCUGGUGAUGGAAAAACAAGAUCUUGAAAAACACAAGAUGGAAAUGAAGAAAGAGAAAGAAGAGCUUGAGCAGCUCAGAGAGAUGAUCAACCAAGACAAAUUGGGCCUGGAUUUGAUGAGGUCGGACACCCAGAAACAAAUGGACAUCUUACAACAAGAAAAACAAGAAAUGAAGGAAGAUAAAGAGAAGCUUGAGUUGACAAAGACUGAGCUACAACACAAGAAAGAAAACAUUGAUAGCAGCCUAGAUGAAAUGAACAGAGAGAAAAGUAACAUUAAAGACUUGGCAAACCAAGUUCAGAAGGAAAAAGAAGAACUUGACAAUGUCAUCACCAUUAGUGCUAUGAAACAAAAAGAAUUAGACCUCAAGGAUGAAGACAUCAAAAGACAGGCACAAGACUUGCAAAAGAGCCGUGACACCAUGCUGGCAGAAAGAGAAGAGCUGGAACUUUUCAGGAAGGAUCUCCACCAGAAGAAAGAAGACAUUGAAGCUACCUUGGAAGGUAUCGAUGGAGAGAAAGAAUAUCUCAAGCAAAUUAAGGCUGACAUUGAUAGAGACAGAGAAAUUCUUGGAGAUGAAAAGGACAGACUGGAGAUAGACUGGUCCAACCUGAGAAUGAGAGAGGAGGAGCUCCUCACAAAAAUGACAGCCAUUGAAAAUUUGAGGGCAAAACUCAAACAGCUGAAUGAUAGGUCACGUGAAGACAUUAGAACAAAAAUGGACAGAUUGCAACAGAAAAAUGAAGCCAUAGACACACUCUGCAUUACACUGAAGGAAAAGCAUGUUCAACUUGAUGAGGAGAAAGAAAAGAUGGACGCUUAUGUUGAGAUGAUUGAGAGAGAAAAGGAAGGACUGAUGAGAAUGAGGUCAGACAUGCUCAAACAACAACAAGUAAUGGAAAAUGAAAUCAAUAAAAAGCUGGUGAUGGAGAAACAAGAUCUUGAAAAACACAAGAUGGAAAUGAAGAAAGAGAAAGAAGAGCUUGAGCAGCUCAGGGAGAUGAUCAACAAAGACAAAUCGGGCCUGGAUUUGAUGAGGUCAGACACUCAGAAAGAAAUGGACAUCUUACAACAAGAACAACAGGACAUGAAGGAAGAAAAAGAGGGGCUUGAAAUGACAAAGACUGAGCAGCAGCACGAGAAAGAAAACAUUGAUAGCAGCCUAGACGAAAUGAACAGAGAGAAAAAUAACAUUAAAGACUUGGCAAACCAAGUUCAGAAGGAAAAAGAAGAACUUGACAAUGUCAUCACCAUUAGUGCUAUGAAACAAAAAGAAUUAGACCUCAUGUAUGAAGACAUCAAAAGACAGGCACAAGACUUGCAAAAGAGCCGUGACACCAUACUGGCAGAAAGAGAAGAGCUGGAACUUUUCAGGAAGGAUCUCCACCAGAAGAAAGAAGACAUUGAAGCUACCUUGGAAGGUAUCGAUGGAGAGAAAGAAUAUCUCAAGCAAAUUAAGGCUGACAUUGAUAGAGACAGAGAAAUUCUUGGAGAUGAAAAGGACAGACUGGAGAUAGACUGGUCCAAUCUGAGAAUGAGAGAGGAGGAGCUCCUCACAAAAAUGACAGCCAUUGAAAAUUUGAGGGCAAAACUCAAACAGCUGAAUGAUAGGUCACGUGAAGACAUUAGAACAAAAAUGGACAGAUUGCAACAGAAAAAUGAAGCCAUAGACACACUCUGCAUUACACUGAAGGAAAAGCAUGUUCAACUUGAUGAGGAGAAAGAAAAGAUGGACGCUUAUGUUGAGAUGAUUGAGAGAGAAAAGGAAGGACUGAUGAGAAUGAGGUCAGACAUGCUCAUACAACAACAAGUAAUGGAAAAUGAAGUCAACCAAAAGCUGGUGAUGGAAAAACAAGAUCUUGAAAAACACAAGAUGGAAAUGAAGAAAGAGAAAGAAGAGCUUGAGCAGCUCAGAGAGAUGAUCAACCAAGACAAAUUGGGCCUGGAUUUGAUGAGGUCGGACACCCAGAAACAAAUGGACAUCUUACAACAAGAAAAACAAGAAAUGAAGGAAGAUAAAGAGAAGCUUGAGUUGACAAAGACUGAGCUACAACACAAGAAAGAAAACAUUGAUAGCAGCCUAGACGAAAUGAACAGAGAGAAAAAUAACAUUAAAGACUUGGCAAACCAAGUUCAGAAGGAAAAAGAAGAACUUGACAAUGUCAUCACCAUUAGUGCUAUGAAACAAAAAGAAUUAGACCUCAAGGAUGAAGACAUCAAAAGACAGGCACAAGACUUGCAAAAGAGCCGUGACACCAUGCUGGCAGAAAGAGAAGAGCUGGAACUUUUCAGGAAGGAUCUCCACCAGAAGAAAGAAGACAUUGAAGCUACCUUGGAAGGUAUCGAUGGAGAGAAAGAAUAUCUCAAGCAAAUUAAGGCUGACAUUGAUAGAGACAGAGAAAUUCUUGGAGAUGAAAAGGACAGACUGGAGAUAGACUGGUCCAACCUGAGAAUGAGAGAGGAGGAGCUCCUCACAAAAAUGACAGCCAUUGAAAAUUUGAGGGCAAAACUCAAACAGCUGAAUGAUAGGUCACGUGAAGACAUUAGAACAAAAAUGGACAGAUUGCAACAGAAAAAUGAAGCCAUAGACACACUCUGCAUUACACUGAAGGAAAAGCAUGUUCAACUUGAUGAGGAGAAAGAAAAGAUGGACGCUUAUGUUGAGAUGAUUGAGAGAGAAAAGGAAGGACUGAUGAGAAUGAGGUCAGACAUGCUCAUACAACAACAGGUAAUGGAAAAUGAAGUCAACCAAAAGCUGGUGAUGGAAAAACAAGAUCUUGAAAAACACAAGAUGGAAAUGAAGAAAGAGAAAGAAGAGCUUGAGCAGCUCAGAGAGAUGAUCAACCAAGACAAAUUGGGCCUGGAUUUGAUGAGGUCGGACACCCAGAAACAAAUGGACAUCUUACAACAAGAAAAACAAGAAAUGAAGGAAGAUAAAGAGAAGCUUGAGUUGACAAAGACUGAGCUACAACACAAGAAAGAAAACAUUGAUAGCAGCCUAGACGAAAUGAACAGAGAGAAAAAUAACAUUAAAGACUUGGCAAACCAAGUUCAGAAGGAAAAAGAAGAACUUGACAAUGUCAUCACCAUUAGUGCUAUGAAACAAAAAGAAUUAGACCUCAAGGAUGAAGACAUCAAAAGACAGGCACAAGACUUGCAAAAGAGCCGUGACACCAUGCUGGCAGAAAGAGAAGAGCUGGAACUUUUCAGGAAGGAUCUCCACCAGAAGAAAGAAGACAUUGAAGCUACCUUGGAAGGUAUCGAUGGAGAGAAAGAAUAUCUCAAGCAAAUUAAGGCUGACAUUGAUAGAGACAGAGAAAUUCUUGGAGAUGAAAAGGACAGACUGGAGAUAGACUGGUCCAACCUGAGAAUGAGAGAGGAGGAGCUCCUCACAAAAAUGACAGCCAUUGAAAAUUUGAGGGCAAAACUCAAACAGCUGAAUGAUAGGUCACGUGAAGACAUUAGAACAAAAAUGGACAGAUUGCAACAGAAAAAUGAAGCCAUAGACACACUCUGCAUUACACUGAAGGAAAAGCAUGUUCAACUUGAUGAGGAGAAAGAAAAGAUGGAUGCUUAUGUUGAGAUGAUUGAGAGAGAAAAGGAAGGACUGAUGAGAAUGAGGUCAGACAUGCUCAUACAACAACAAGUAAUGGAAAAUGAAGUCAACCAAAAGCUGGUGAUGGAAAAACAAGAUCUUGAAAAACACAAGAUGGAAAUGAAGAAAGAGAAAGAAGAGCUUGAGCAGCUCAGAGAGAUGAUCAACCAAGACAAAUUGGGCCUGGAUUUGAUGAGGUCGGACACCCAGAAACAAAUGGACAUCUUACAACAAGAAAAACAAGAAAUGAAGGAAGAUAAAGAGAAGCUUGAGUUGACAAAGACUGAGCUACAACACAAGAAAGAAAACAUUGAUAGCAGCCUAGACGAAAUGAACAGAGAGAAAAAUAACAUUAAAGACUUGGCAAACCAAGUUCAGAAGGAAAAAGAAGAACUUGACAAUGUCAUCACCAUUAGUGCUAUGAAACAAAAAGAAUUAGACCUCAAGGAUGAAGACAUCAAAAGACAGGCACAAGACUUGCAAAAGAGCCGUGACACCAUGCUGGCAGAAAGAGAAGAGCUGGAACUUUUCAGGAAGGAUCUCCACCAGAAGAAAGAAGACAUUGAAGCUACCUUGGAAGGUAUCGAUGGAGAGAAAGAAUAUCUCAAGCAAAUUAAGGCUGACAUUGAUAGAGACAGAGAAAUUCUUGGAGAUGAAAAGGACAGACUGGAGAUAGACUGGUCCAACCUGAGAAUGAGAGAGGAGGAGCUCCUCACAAAAAUGACAGCCAUUGAAAAUUUGAGGGCAAAACUCAAACAGCUGAAUGAUAGGUCACGUGAAGACAUUAGAACAAAAAUGGACAGAUUGCAACAGAAAAAUGAAGCCAUAGACACACUCUGCAUUACACUGAAGGAAAAGCAUGUUCAACUUGAUGAGGAGAAAGAAAAGAUGGACGCUUAUGUUGAGAUGAUUGAGAGAGAAAAGGAAGGACUGAUGAGAAUGAGGUCAGACAUGCUCAUACAACAACAGGUAAUGGAAAAUGAAGUCAACCAAAAGCUGGUGAUGGAAAAACAAGAUCUUGAAAAACACAAGAUGGAAAUGAAGAAAGAGAAAGAAGAGCUUGAGCAGCUCAGAGAGAUGAUCAACCAAGACAAAUUGGGCCUGGAUUUGAUGAGGUCGGACACCCAGAAACAAAUGGACAUCUUACAACAAGAAAAACAAGAAAUGAAGGAAGAUAAAGAGAAGCUUGAGUUGACAAAGACUGAGCUACAACACAAGAAAGAAAACAUUGAUAGCAGCCUAGACGAAAUGAACAGAGAGAAAAAUAACAUUAAAGACUUGGCAAACCAAGUUCAGAAGGAAAAAGAAGAACUUGACAAUGUCAUCACCAUUAGUGCUAUGAAACAAAAAGAAUUAGACCUCAAGGAUGAAGACAUCAAAAGACAGGCACAAGACUUGCAAAAGAGCCGUGACACCAUGCUGGCAGAAAGAGAAGAGCUGGAACUUUUCAGGAAGGAUCUCCACCAGAAGAAAGAAGACAUUGAAGCUACCUUGGAAGGUAUCGAUGGAGAGAAAGAAUAUCUCAAGCAAAUUAAGGCUGACAUUGAUAGAGACAGAGAAAUUCUUGGAGAUGAAAAGGACAGACUGGAGAUAGACUGGUCCAACCUGAGAAUGAGAGAGGAGGAGCUCCUCACAAAAAUGACAGCCAUUGAAAAUUUGAGGGCAAAACUCAAACAGCUGAAUGAUAGGUCACGUGAAGACAUUAGAACAAAAAUGGACAGAUUGCAACAGAAAAAUGAAGCCAUAGACACACUCUGCAUUACACUGAAGGAAAAGCAUGUUCAACUUGAUGAGGAGAAAGAAAAGAUGGACGCUUAUGUUGAGAUGAUUGAGAGAGAAAAGGAAGGACUGAUGAGAAUGAGGUCAGACAUGCUCAUACAACAACAGGUAAUGGAAAAUGAAGUCAACCAAAAGCUGGUGAUGGAAAAACAAGAUCUUGAAAAACACAAGAUGGAAAUGAAGAAAGAGAAAGAAGAGCUUGAGCAGCUCAGAGAGAUGAUCAACCAAGACAAAUUGGGCCUGGAUUUGAUGAGGUCAGACCCCCAGAAACAAAUGGACAUUUCACAACAAGAAAAACAAGACAUGAAGGAAGAUACAGAAAAGCUUGAAAUGACAAAGACUGAGCAGCAACACGAGAAAGAAAAAACUGAUGACGUCCUUGAUGUAAUUACCAGAAAGAAAAGAGACUUUAAAGAUGUAGCAAUCCAAGUUCAAGAAGACAAAGAAGAGUUUUGCGAUGUCUUGGACUUUACUGCUUUAAACCAAAGAGAAUUAGACCUCAAGGAUGAAGACAUCAAAAGACAGGCACAAGACUUGCAAAAGAGCCGUGACGCCAUACUGGCAGACAGAGAAGAGCUGGAACUUUUCAGGAAGGAUCUCCACCAGAAGAAAGAAGACAUUGACGCUACCUUGGAAGGUAUCGAUGGAGAGAAAGAAUAUCUCAAGCAAAUUAAGGCUGACAUUGAUAGAGACAGAGAAAUUCUUGGAGAUGAAAAGGACAGACUGGAGAUAGACUGGUCCAAUCUGAGAAUGAGAGAGGAGGAGCUCCUCACAAAAAUGACAGCCAUUGAAAAUUUGAGGGCAAAACUCAAACAGCUGAAUGAUAGGUCACGUGAAGACAUUAGAACAAAAAUGGACAGAUUGCAACAGAAAAAUGAAGCCAUAGACACACUCUGCAUUACAUUGAAGGAAAAUCAUGUUCAACUUGAUGAGGAGAAAGAAAAGAUGGACGCUUAUGUUGAGAUGAUUGAGAGAGAAAAGGAAGGACUGAUGAGAAUGAGGUCAGACAUGCUCAUACAACAACAGGUAAUGGAAAAUGAAGUCAACCAAAAGCUGGUGAUGGAAAAACAAGAUCUUGAAAAACACAAGAUGGAAAUGAAGAAACAGAAAGAAGAGCUUGAGCAGCUCAGAGAGAUGAUCAACCAAGACAAAUUGGGCCUGGAUUUGAUGAGGUCAGACCCCCAGAAACAAAUGGACAUUUCACAACAAGAAAAACAAGACAUGAAGGAAGAUACAGAAAAGCUUGAAAUGACAAAGACUGAGCAGCAACACGAGAAAGAAAAAACUGAUGACGUCCUUGAUGUAAUUACCAGAAAGAAAAGAGACUUUAAAGAUGUAGCAAUCCAAGUUCAAGAAGACAAAGAAGAGUUUUGCGAUGUCUUGGACUUUACUGCUUUAAACCAAAGAGAAUUAGACCUCAAGGAUGAAGACAUCAAAAGACAGGCACAAGACUUGCAAAAGAGCCGUGACGCCAUACUGGCAGACAGAGAAGAGCUGGAACUUUUCAGGAAGGAUCUCCACCAGAAAAAAGAAGACAUUGAAGCUACCUUGGAAAGUAUCAAUGGAGAGAAAGAAUAUCUCAAGCAAAUUAAGGCUGACAUUGAUAGAGACAGAGAAAUGCUUGGAGAUGAAAAGGACAGACUGGAGAUAGACUGGUCCGACCUGAGAAUGAGAGAGGAGGAGCUCCUCACAAAAAUGACAGCCAUUGAAAAUUUGAGGGCAAAACUCAAACAGCUGAAUGAUAGGUCACGUGAAGACAUUAGAACAAAAAUGGACAGAUUGCAACAGAAAAAUGAAGCCAUAGAAAAACUCUGCACUACACUGACGGAAAAGCAUGUUCAACUUGAUGAGGAGAAAGAAAAGAUGGAUGUUUAUGUUGAGAUGAUUGAGAGAGAAAAGGAAGGACUGAUGAGAAUGAGGUCAGACAUGCUCAUACAACAACAGGUAAUGGAAAAUGAAGUCAACCAAAAGCUGGUGAUGGAAAAACAAGAUCUUGAAAAACACAAGAUGGAAAUGAAGAAAGAGAAAGAAGAGCUUGAGCAGCUCAGAGAGAUGAUCAACCAAGACAAAUUGGGCCUGGAUUUGAUGAGGUCGGACACCCAGAAACAAAUGGACAUCUUACAACAAGAAAAACAAGAAAUGAAGGAAGAUAAAGAGAAGCUUGAGUUGACAAAGACUGAGCUACAACACAAGAAAGAAAACAUUGAUAGCAGCCUAGACGAAAUGAACAGAGAGAAAAAUAACAUUAAAGACUUGGCAAACCAAGUUCAGAAGGAAAAAGAAGAACUUGACAAUGUCAUCACCAUUAGUGCUAUGAAACAAAAAGAAUUAGACCUCAAGGAUGAAGACAUCAAAAGACAGGCACAAGACUUGCAAAAGAGCCGUGACACCAUACUGGCAGACAGAGAAGAGCUGGAACUUUUCAGGAAGGAUCUCCACCAGAAAAAAGAAGACAUUGAAGCUACCUUGGAAAGUAUCAAUGGAGAGAAAGAAUAUCUCAAGCAAAUUAAGGCUGACAUUGAUAGAGACAGAGAAAUGCUUGGAGAUGAAAAGGACAGACUGGAGAUAGACUGGUCCGACCUGAGAAUGAGAGAGGAGGAGCUCCUCACAAAAAUGACAGCCAUUGAAAAUUUGAGGGCAAAACUCAAACAGCUGAAUGAUAGGUCACGUGAAGACAUUAGAACAAAAAUGGACAGAUUACAACAGAAAAAUGAAGCCAUAGAAAAACUCUGCACUACACUGAAGGAAAAGCAUGUUCAACUUGAUGAGGAGAAAGAAAAGAUGGAUGCUUUUGUUGAAAUGAUUGGGAGAGAAAAGGAAGGACUGAUGAGAAUGAGGUCAGACAUGCUCAUACAACAACAGGUAAUGGAAAAUGAAGUCAACCAAAAGCUGGUGAUUGAAAAACAAGAUCUUGAAAAACACAAGAUGGAAAUGAAGAAAGAGAAAGAAGAGCUUGAGCAGCUCAGAGAGAUGAUCAACCAAGACAAAUUGGGCCUGGAUUUGAUGAGGUCGGACACCCAGAAACAAAUGGACAUCUUACAACAAGAAAAACAAGACAUGAAAGAAGAUACAGAAAAGCUUGAAAUGACAAAGACUGAGCUAGCAACACAAGAAAGAAAACAUUGAUAGCAGCCUAGACGAAUGACCAG